CUAAGCCACCUACUGCAGUUAUUGUUGAGCUUUCAUUCGGUCGGUGUGUUGACUUGAGUUGCCGGUCGGAAAACGAACCUUAUUUAAAGUUGGUCAUAAAAAAAGGAAAUAUUUGGAUAACAUGGUUUGGAAAGUUAGUGGAUGUUGUUGCAUGAACCUCCGUGUUGCUGGUUACGUACACGGUGUGGUAUCCAUUGCCCUCAUAGUCCUAGGAUUUAUUUUGACAGUGUUACGAUUGAACAACUCACAAAUUCAAAAAAUAGGCGAAUAUGAGCUUGAUCCAAAAAAAUUGGCGGCUUAUUAUUUUGUAAGCUAUGCAACUGAUGCUCUUGUUUCGGGUUCGAUGAUUAUUGGAAUAAGUACAAAUAAACAUUUAAUGUUAUUACCAUGGUUGAUAUUAAGAGCUAUUGGCCUUAUCACAAUGGCUCCAAUUAUUAUGAUACUUAUGGUGGUUGGAAUAUUUCUAUCGUUCCAAGAUCCGGCGGGACUAAUGGUAGUUGCAGUUGCAUUGUUUAUUGGAUUAAUUGUUGCAUUAUUUGUAUGGUCUUGGAUUGUUAUUUAUUCACUUUAUCGUGAAAUACGUGAUAAUAGAAAUAAGCCUUUGCCAAUCCAAAUGCCAUUGCCAUAUAUUGAAAGGGGACCAAUGAAUAAUGACCCAGCACCGCCAUAUCAAAAAUUUGAAAAUAUUAAACAAAAUAUUUGAUUUAUGUAGGUAAUGUAAGAAAAUAGUUUUUAAAUGUAUA